AUUUGAUGAAUUAUGGUAUAUCUUUUCACAGAGUAUUCUAUAGUUCAAAAAAAAAAACCAAGCAAAAAGCAUGGAUGUAAAAGCUUAUGAUAAUUAUCAAGUGACUACAUCUGUAUCUAUAUACAUACAUACGUACACAUAUAUACCCUUUACAUAGGAUAUGAUUAUCUCGAGUAUUAAAAAUAGUGAGAGAGAGAGAGAAGAUUUUAUGCCGUGGAGAUUUCCAGAAAGAGCCACAAGAAACUGCUAUCAGAGCGCAGUUCACAAAAAGAUAGAGACAUUCAUUUUUCACCUUUGACCUACUUGAAACAUUUUUCAUAACAUGCAUGUAAAUGGCUUCUCUAUCUCUUUUGAUGGCAGACAUUUCAGUUUCUACUGUAAUAGUGGCUGAACUGAUGUUUGAGUCGGCUGGGAGGGUUGCAUGGGGCAGGCUCAGUUGGCAGUAUUUUCUAGAUAAAGCAGAGCUCUGUCGUGUGGCUACAGGAAGGACAGGGAGACCCCAGGACCGCGGGGACAGCCAGUGUGGCGUUCUACCUCAAAUAGGCUGGCUGAGGACGGCCGAGUAGCUGAGCACGGCCAAGGGCAUGCCCUUCAGAGCAAAGGGCUGAGCAAAAGGGCUACAUAGCAAAAGGGCUACGCAGUGCUGGCUGACAGGGUCCCCGAUGCCCGGGAAACCCGCGUUCCUUCAGGGCUCAGCCAACUCCUAGAACGCCUGGAAGGCUGACCUGGGCAUCGGUAACAGAAAUACCUCUCUCCUAAGUGCGUGAGUGAUGGAUUCGUUAAACCCUGAGGGCAACAUAGCGGAGUUAGUGCUAUUAUUUCCCUACCUUACAGAGGAGGGAACUGGGGCAGAAGUCCAUGAAUGAAUGAGUGAAUGAAUGAAUGAAGCUACCCAAGGGUACGUACCCUUGCAAAAUGCCUCUGUGGAAGAAAACCACGUGUAUCCCAGAGUUGCAAGGAAGGCAGGCAGAUGCAGGGGCCACCAGAGACCAGGUCAAAAUUCUGUGCACGUGACCAACAGGGUUCUUGGGAACCCACACGUGGACCCAAGGUUCCAAACCCCUGUUCUGUGGGGUUUUCCAGAUCUAAGAGUCCAGGAUUCUAUGUGCAUGAAAAGGGGGCAUUAGGAUCCAUGCUGACACGGUGACCUGGGAGCGCUCUGGGCCAGCCGGGACGUGUUAGUUUAGGCAGAACAAAUUUGUAUCAGGUCAUGUCUCUUUGUUCCUGGCAGAGAGGGGUCACCUGCCCGCCUGCCCCUCCACCUCGGCAGUGCUUUGCCUAAUUCCUGUCCCUGCACUCCGGAACCUGCCACUCCCUCCACAUACACACGGCACGGCUUUGUGCCUGGCCCUACAUGCAUACGACACGGCUCCAAACUAGGGGUCAACAUCCAGGAACAAGGCCUUUGCUCUCUCCUAUUUGCCUCUUGCCCUCUUCGCCAGGACGAGCAGUGCGCUCUCCACUGUGUGCUCCUGACUCCCCGGCACACUCUGCUGUUUACCAGAUCAAAGCGAACCGAGGGGCCGGCCACGGUGAAGGCCACAGGUCUGUCGAGGGGCACCCACCCCUAUGCCAAACUGAGCAUCGUCCAGAAGCAGGGGCAGGCGCGGGUUGAAAUUUAACCUUUGGGAUCAGGGGGUUGGGUGAGUUUCUACAAAAAGAGGUAGGCUAACCCCGUUCCACGAUCGUCCAGACCAAAGUGAGAGCUUUGGUAGGAAGAUCACCCUGUGUUUACGGGGCUCUGAGGGGAGCAGUUUGAAGAUGUUGAGGACCCCGGUGUUGGGCAGGAGCCUUUGGAAGUCGUCCGAUUUCUCCGUCUCCGUCAAGCGGAUGUGGGGGACCCCCCGCAGUCAUCCGCUGAGGCCGGAGCGAAGGUGCUCACAGGGUCCUUGUGUGCAGAGAAAUCAGACUGAUACUGGGCACCCCCUCUGGAAGGGCCCCGUCUCUGUGCCGGGGGGCACCCGGCAGUCCCCCAUCAACAUCCGCUGCAGGGACAGCAUCUACGACCCGCGGCUGAAGCCUCUCAUGGUCUCCUACGCCGCAGAGAGCUGCCUCUACGUCUGGAACACCGGCUACUUCUUCCAGGUGGAGUUCGACGACUCCACUGAGGGGUCAGGAAUCAGCGGCGGCCCCUUGGAAAACCACUACAGGCUAAAGCAGUUCCACUUCCAUUGGGGAGCAGUGGACACGUGGGGCUCGGAGCACACGGUGGAUGACCGCGCGUACCCAGCAGAGCUGCACCUGGUUCACUGGGAUGCUGCGAAAUACCGAAGUUACAAAGAAGCUGUGCUGGGGGAGAGCGGCCUGGCCGUGAUAGGCGUGUUCCUACAGCUGGGGGCCCACCGUGAGCCACUGCAGAAGUUGGUGGAAGUCUUGCCAGAAGUCAAGCAUAAGGGGGCGCAGGUGGCCAUGGGCCCCUUCCAGCCGUCCUGUCUGCUGCCCGCCUGCCGGGAUUACUGGACCUACCCGGGGUCCCUCACCACCCCUCCGCUAACCGAGUCAGUCACCUGGAUCAUCUUGAAGGAGCCCGUCCAAGUGGCUCGGAACCAGCUGGCCGCCUUUCGCACGCUCCUGUUCUCUGCGCCUGGUGAGGAAGAGAAGGCCAUGGUGAACAACUACCGUCCGCUUCAAGCCCUGAUGAACCGGAAGGUCCGUUCAUCCUUCCGGCCUAUGGAAGAGGGCAUGAGAUUCUAAAUGCAUUGUAUCCGAGUCAGCGGGUAGAACUGACUUUUAAAAGAGGAAGUUCUGUGUCCCAAGCUUCACAGUCUGAUCAGACCUAACCUCUGACGUUAAAAAGAGAGAAAGAGAUCAUUGUCUCAGUCAAUGGACUUUUCAGUUGCAAGGAAAAGAAAUCACUUCAAAGAAACUUAAGCAUGGUGAGGAAUGGAAAUCUGGGACGCGGGGUAUCUUGGGGCCCCGCGGCAGCGCCCUAGCAAGCACCCGCUGACUGAGGUCACCCGCCCAGCCCCUGGCGGUCUGUGCUUUCUUCUCUCUGCUUCUCCUCACUCAUGGCCACCCCGUGCUUCCCGGGCGACGCAGAGACGGGGCCCCACAUGCAUCUUUCCCACCUCCGGAUUCCUGGGUUGUGUCAGUGUCCUGGGGCUGCUGCAGCAAAUGACCACAAACCGGAGGGGCUAGAACAACAGAAAUGUGUAGCCCCUCAGUUCUGGAGGCGAGAAGCCCACAUUCCAGGCACGGGCGGGCCUGGCCCACCUCCCAGAAGCUGCCCGUCUUCCUCGGCCCGCAGCCCCGCCUCCACCUUCAGAGCAAGGGCUGUCCUAGGUGGCUGUUCAGCGCCCGCUGCCGCCUCACGGCCUUUCUGGAAGGUAUGUAACGGUUUCUCCCUGUGGGGUUUUGGGUUUUGAUUGUACUGAAACACAAUUACAUAAGUGACCGUCUUACCCACAUUUAAGCGAACAGUUCUGUGCUGUGCGGUGCCUUCGCGAGGUCGUACAGCCGUCCCCACCACCCGUCCCCGUCUGUACAUCUUACAAGACUGGAGCUCUGCCCCUGGGACACACUCCCCCCUCCCCCAGCCCCUGGCAGCCACCGGUCCGGUGUCCGUCCGUCCGUCCGUCCGUCCCUGGGAUUUUGAUGGCUCCAGGAAUAAAGUAUAAAUGGAA